AUGGCGCCUGGUAUUCUCAUCGACGAGCCCGCCCAAGCCCCUUCCGCAGGACCGUGGAAGGGCAAGAACGAUGACGCUCCUCGCGACAUCUUCCCUGACGGUAUCCGGACCUCGGGCCAGCACAACCCUCUAUACGACGUUCUGCGUCCGUAUGAGGAGUUUCCCAAGGAGAUCACCGGUCGUACCGUCUGGCACAAGGAGGAGUUCGAGAACAGCCCCGAGAAAUGGACGCACCGCUUCACUCCUGAAGAGGUCGAAGAACUUGGCCGCACAGCCGAUGCUUUCAUUGCCAGCGGCACUCCCCUUACCGGCAUUUCCAAGAGCAACUUCCCUCUCCCCACACUAAGCAAAGCCCUGCUCGAACUCCGUGAAGACCUCAUCAACGGCAAGGGUUUUAUCCUCUUCAAGGGCUUCCCGGCCCAAGAAUGGGGUCCUCACAAGACCGCCGUUGGCUACAUGGGUCUCGGCACAUACCUGGGCUACUUCGUUUCUCAGAACGGUCGCGGUCACGUCCUGGGCCACGUCAAGGAUGUCGGCGACGACCCGACCCAGAUUGACAAGGUCCGCAUCUACCGUACUACGGCCCGCCAAUUCUUCCACGCCGACGACGGUGAUCUCGUCGGUCUCCUCUGCGUCCACCGCGCCGCAGAGGGCGGCGAGAGCGACCUCGUCAGCAUCCACGCCGUCUGGAACGAGCUGCAGCGCUCGCAUCCUGAGGUCGCCGAGCUGUUGACCAAGCCCAUCUGGUACUUCGACCGCAAGGGAGAGAUCUCCGAAGGUCAGGAGGAGUGGACUCGCCAACCGGUGUUCUACAUCGAGAACGGCGGCCAGAAGCGCGUGUACUGCAAGUGGGACCCCUACUACGUCCGUUCUCUUACAAGAUUCUCGGACAAGGGCAUCAUCCCUCCCCUGAGCGAAGAGCAGCAGCAUGCUCUCAAGACUCUCGAGGACACUUGCCAGAAGCUCGCGCUUCACAUGAUCUUGGAGGUUGGCGACAUUCAGUUCCUGAGCAACGCGCACUUGCUGCAUGCUAGGACGGCAUACAAGGACUACCCUCCCCCGGCGCCCAGACGUCACUUGCUCCGUCUGUGGCUGUCGACGCCGGAGAUUGAGGGCGGAUGGGCCCUGCCGUUCCCCGACAGCAAGGAGAAGAAGCGUGGUGGUAUCCAGGUGAACAACCAGCCUCCUACCGCGCCGCUUGACGCGGAGUGA